AAAAAAAAAAAAAAAAAAAAAAACCAUUUUUUUUUUGGAGAUUUAAUACAAUCACUAGUAGCAAUAAAUUGCCAAAUUGGCAAUAACCAGCCAAUUUCCAAGUCAAGCCGUCAACCCCUUCCCUCUUUCCUCACUCUCUCCUAAAUCUCUCUUUCUCUCUCUAAAAACACACAAAAUGGCCCCAUAAAUUCUCUCUCUUCAACUCCACUUUGACUUCCUCCACUCUCUCUCCUCCACCAAUCCAAUGCCGGAAUCUUCUCUCUGAUCCACCAUUUUCCGGCGAAUCUUCCGCCUGCUCCGGCGCCGAUGACGACGACGAUGCUCAUCGACUCGCGCACCGCCUUCUCCGAUUCCAACGACAUCAGCAAUGGCAGCAGCAUCUGCUGCGCCGCCACAACCACCACCACCGCCACCGCAAUCGCCGCCGACAACUCUCUCUCCUCCACUCCUUCCUCCGCCGCACUCCUCCGUCUCUCCGAAAACCUCGAUUCCUUGUUCCAACCCUCGCUCUCCGACUCCGACUCCUACGCCGACGCUAAAAUCGUCGUCGCAGGUGAUUCCCGUGAAGUCGCGGUUCAUCGCUGUAUUCUCUCGUCUCGUAGCGCGUUCUUCAGGUCGGAGUUCGCAGCAAAGAGAGAGAAAGAGAAGGAGAAGGAUAAGGAAAAGGAGAAGGAGAGAGAUAGAAUGGUGAAGCUUGAGCUUAAAGAUAUGGCGGGUGAAUUUGCGGUUGGAUUUGAGUCGGUAGUUGCGGUUUUAGGGUAUUUGUAUAGUGGAAAAAGUAGACAGUUACCUAAAGGUGUUUGUGUUUGUGUUGAUGAUGAUUGUUCUCAUGUUGCUUGCCGUCCUGCUGUUGAUUUUGCUGUUGAAGUUCUCUAUUUAUCUCACAAAUUUGAGAUCGUUGAAUUGGUUGCUCUUUAUCAGAGGCACCUACUGGAGAUUCUUGACAAGGUCGCGCCAGAUGAUGUUCUAAUAGUACUAUCUGUUGCAGAAUUGUGCGGAAAUGCAUGUGAAAGAUUGCUGGGAAGGUGUAUUGACAAAAUUGUGAGAUCCGAUGUUGACGUCACCACUCUUGAUAAAUCUUUGCCACAGCCUAUUGUGAAACAAAUAAUUGAUACACGCAAGGAGCUUGGUUUUACUGAGCCUGGAUUUGUUGAGUUUCCUGAUAAGCACGUGAAGAGAAUACACAGAGCGUUGGAAUCUGAUGAUGUCGAGUUAGUUAGAAUGCUUUUAAAAGAGCGGCAUACGACUCUAGAUGAUGCAUAUGCCCUUCACUAUGCUGUUGAACAUUGUGAUGCCAAGACUACCACGGAACUUCUUGAGCUUGGGACUGCAGAUGUUAAUCUUAGGAAUCCAAGGGGUUAUACUGUGCUACACAUUGCAGCCAUGAGGAAAGAGCCUAAGAUAAUUGUAUCCCUGUUGACCAAGGGAGCCCAUCCAUCAGAUAUUACUUCAGAUGGAAGAAAGGCACUGCAGAUAGCAAAGAGACUUACAAAAUCUGUAGAUUUCUUUAAACCUACUGAACAAGGAAAGGACGCGCCAAAGGACCGUCUGUGUAUUGAAAUACUAGAACAAGCUGAAAGAAGAGAACCGUUGCUAGGGGAAGGUUCUGUUUCUCUUGCAAAGGCAGGGGAGGAUCUCCGUAUGAAGCUUUUAUAUCUUGAAAAUAGAGUUGCACUUGCACGGCUACUUUUUCCAAUGGAAGCGAAAGUUGCUAUGGAUAUUGCUCAAGUGGAUGGUACUUCUGAGUUUACAUUGUCAAAAAAUAUAGCAGAUGCACGAAGAAAUGCUGUCGACUUGAAUGAGGCCCCCUUUAUAUUGAAAGCGGAGCAUCUACAAAGGAUGAACGCAUUGUCUAAAACUGUUGAGCUUGGAAAGCGCUUUUUUCCACGGUGCUCCGAAGUUCUUAAUAAGAUUAUGGACGCCGAGGACCUAUCACAGCUUGCAUUUUUAGGACAAGAUACCCCAGAAGAAAGACAAAGGAAGAGAAAAAGAUAUCUAGAACUACAAGACGCUUUAACUAAGGCCUUUACAGAGGAUAAAGAAGAGUUUGAUCGUACCACGUCGUCAUCAUCAUCAACACCAUUGGGGAGGCCUUAUGGUAAGACCAAUUUCAAAAGAUUUAGGUACUACCAUUGAAGGCAUACUCUUUUGUGAGAUAAAUUAUCAGAUUACAAGAAUUAAUCCUCAUCGUACGGCAAAAAAUAAAUCGAGGUACACAUUUUUGUUCUGUUUUAAAUUUUUGUAGUCUUUACAAUUGGAAAUUAUGAUCUUGACCAAUGUUUGAAUUGGUAUUAGAGACGAGAUGCAAGGUAAGUAAAAGUUACUUGAAUUGGAACAUCAUCGUCUUAGUCACAGUUUGUAAGUAAAAAUUAAUUGAGACCUUGUCGGCUUUACGUGAUGGAAAAAUGAAUCAAGAUCUUCACUAUACCUUAUUAUGGUUUAUUAGUUCUUGAAUUAAUAGAAGAUUAGACAAAAUUCGGUGUUGAA